UGUCAAACUCCUACGUAAAGUAAAUGUCAAAACAUCUUUGUGUUGUGUUAAAAAAAAAUACUAAUAACUAAUCGUGAAUAAAUUCACAUUAGAAGCUGAAAUUGUUCAGCCUUUCUAAGGAAAAGAUUUGGAAGACUAUUAAAAUACCAUUGUUAUGUAGGUUUUAGAAACACACCAUCAUUAGUUACAUUUUAUACUAAGAGUCAAUAAAUUUAUUAUUCUAAAAUGUUAUCUUCUCUUGUAAAAGAGCAUCAAGCUAAACAGGCAGCUAAGAGAGUUUCGCAAGAACAGAAACGAAAAGAAUGUAUUGCUGCAGCCAAUGAUUUAACACAGGCCCUAGUAGAUCACCUCAAUGUUGGUGUGGCGCAGGCAUAUUUAAACCAAAAGAAAUUAGAUGCAGAAGCAAAACUGCUUCAUCAAGGCGCUAUUAACUUUUCCAAACAAACUCAACAGUGGCUUGCUCUCGUUGAAAACUUUAGCAGUGCUCUAAAGGAAAUUGGUGAUGUUGAAAACUGGGCAAAGAGUAUUGAAAGUGAAAUGAAAAUCAUUACAGAUACAUUGGAGCGUGCUUAUGAAACUGCUAGAGAACAACCUAGUAAUAGUUAAUUACUUAUAAUAUGUAGCUUAUUUCAAAAUAACAUUUUGCAGUCUAUUGUGGUUUAAAAUAUAUUGAUUUUUAAUAUA